AAAUUCGUUGAGACCGAGGCAGAGAGCGCGGCAAAGAUGUUAGUUAGCCGUUGCGCAGUUCCAUUCUCUUUGGGGACUUUCUUCAAACACCUUCCGGCAUCGAAUCCGACGACGCUCUGUCCGUACAGAUUUAGAAGCAAAACCCUAAGCGCCACCGCAAUUCGUAGCUUCUCUUACUUUGAGACGUUGGAUUCCCGCCAAAAAGAGCAAGUCCAUCUCUACGUCGACACUCUCCUCCAAUGGAACCAGAAAAUGAAUUUGACAGCUGUUAAGGAGGCGGAUGAGGUAAUGGAGAGGCACAUUGAGGACUCGCUCGCAAUCAUACCCCCUAUCAGAAACUCAUAUUUCUCUCACUGUAAAGUUUCGUCCGAAAGUCUCAGCCUUGUCGAUGUGGGGAGCGGUGCAGGUCUUCCGGGGUUGAUCUUAGCCAUUGCUUGCCCAGGUUGGGAAGUGACCCUCAUGGAGUCUAUGAACAAGCGAUGCGUUUUCUUGGAGCAUGUUGUCGGUCACAUUGGUUUGUCGAAUGUUCAAGUUAUAAGAGGAAGAGCAGAGAAUUUGGGGCAGGCUCUUUGUUUCAGGGAAAAAUUUGAUGUAGCGGUAGCCAGAGCAGUUGCAGAAAUGAGAGUUUUAGCUGAAUACUGUCUUCCUCUGGUUUGCGUUGGCGGUUUGUUUGUUGCUGCAAAGGGUCACGAUCCUCAGGAGGAAGUUAGGAAUGCAGAAAAAGCAAUUCAGAUUUUGGGUGCUUCCGUAUUGCAACAAUGCACAGUGGAAUCGCACAGCCCGUAUGGACAAAGAACUGCCAUCGUGUGUUUGAAAACUAGUCCAACGCCAAGGAAGUAUCCUCGCGAUCCAGGUACUCCAGAGAAAAUACCUCUGUAAAAUAAUUCAGAUGCCCCCAUUUCAAAUGUUAUAUAUAGUUGGAUUGGCGUUCCUUCCCCAUUCAUCAAAUAUUUAUGUAACCCCUUCUGCUUUGGAAAUGAAAUGCUAUAUUUUGCAAGUU